CCACCUCCCGCCUGCCUCCCCCGACACGGAGCGCAACUUCGGAGGUCUCCGAAGUUGCGCUCCGUGUCGGAUGUGCGCGUAAGACGAAGCGGUGGUUAUAGAAAAUUUUGUCGUCUUACGAAUGCCUCUUACAACGCAAAACUCUUUAGUCUAGCGAGUUUUUCGUUGUGCGAGGCAUUCAUAAAGCAAGGCAUCACUGUACUUAAUUUUGCAAGAGGCUUCAACAAGCCUCCCUUUUGUGUCUUAGUACAUAAAUUCACUCAGGGCUAGAAAAGGUUCUAGGUAUUCAGUUGCCCUAGCACUCAGAAACUUGAUCUUGGCAGCCCUAUGCAUGGCUUGUGCUUAACUUCAUCUUAAAAACCUUAAAAUAGUUUUCCAGCUGGACCAGCCCUUGCCACUCACUUUGGUAACACUUAUCCUCACAUCCUAUAUAAUCUAGUAAUUUCUUAGCCUCUUGUGUCAUCCUCCAAUCCUUCUCUUCUCAUACAUUGGACAGAGUUGUCCUUACUAUCCUGUACACAGAAACAUUGUUUCCUGAUUUUUAUCUCUAUAUCUCACACAAGCAUCCCACCCUAUCCAUACAACUUGCUGCAGUCCAUAAAGUGCCACCUAUUUUUCCUUACUGCAGUAACUUGAAAGAAACUAGUCUCUCUAGCAAUCUCAAAGUACAGUACUGUGGAUUUUCUACUUUGGUAAUCAUGUUGUCUGCUAGUAUUAUGUGGGUGACUUGGAUUCAAUCCACAGCAACUACAUAUUUUUUGCAGGAAAAGGGAAAUUUUAGAAUAGCAUCAAUAAAUAUUAAUAAGGUAGAGAAAUGUAGAUGAGUAAAGGGACAGGUAUCUUGGCAUGUAAAGAAGCAAAUAAUAAUCUUUGAAGCACAAUAAAAUCUGAUAAGUAACUGGUUCAUACCCCAGGUUUUAGAGAUCCAUGAACUAUACAUGAGCAGUAGCUAAAGGGAUUAGCUGGCUGCAUCUAGCUGGUAGAUUUUAAUUCCCCAUUGAGGGAGAAAGUAAUUAGCAAUUGUUAGGACAUACAACAUAUUUCCAACAGACACAGGUGGCGCUGUGAUCUAAACCACUGAGCCUAGGGCUUCCCGAUCAGAAGGUUGGCAGUUCGAAUCUCCGCGACAGGGUGAGCUCCCGUUGCUCAGUCCCAGCUCCUGCCAACCUAGCAGUUUGAAAGCACGCCAAAAAGUGCAGGUAGAUGAAUACCGUAGCAGGGUGGAUAAAAAUCAAUGAUUUUUUUAAAAAAAAUCAGAUUUUUUGAUUUAAAUCAGUUUUUUAAAUUCCGCUAUUUUUAAUAAAAUGCUUUGUGAGGAAAAUAUAUUACCAUCCAAAGGUUGUUCCAUCAUGAAAUAAAGAUUAGGUUUUUUUUAUGUAGAAUAAGGCUGUAUAUGUUUAAUUUUUUGGGUAAAUAAAUUCCAUUAAUCCAUUCACAAUGUCAUGCUCUUCCAGAGGUUUUUGUAAGAUUAUUGGGCCGUUUCUCUGCCUACAAGAUAUUAUCACAGAUGCUUGGUUUACUUUUGCAGUUCUCAAAACUGAAUUUGACUCAACAGAGAUCACAUGCCUCUUCCUUCACAGCAAAAAUGUUAUAACAUGAACAGAGUUGAGAAAAAGACCUUAAUCCUAUUGUUCUACAAACCUAUGAAUACAGAAACAGCCCCUUCAGUGCUAAGUUUAAGUUUCUUAAAAUAUAUAUAUAUUGUUUUUGUUUAGCCAAAUUAGUUAACAAACAUGGAUUUUUGUUUAAGCAAAUAACAUAUGCUGUAAUAUUAUUGUUUCAGUUGAAUAAAUCUAUUUAAAUUGUUAUUAUUAAGGUAAUGAUUAUUUUUCUCCUUCCUAAGUACAACAGUAAAGUUGUCUAAAUAUGAAUGAUUAACCUAUUAAACUGGGGAUAAAAAACUAAUAUGAAAAGUUGUUAUUCUAAAAAUCUUCAUCUACUUGCAUAUUAAAGUUAUACCAGCAUGUAUUAGUCUUUAAGCAGAAAACUAUGAUUUAAAUCAAGCCUUAAUGACUAGUGAUUUAAAUCAUGAUUUAAGUCGUGAUUUAAAUCAGUUUAAAUCAAAUCCAGCCAGAUAAAUAGAUACCGCUCCGGCGGGAGGGUAAACAGCAUUUCCGUGCACUGCUCUGGUUUCACCAGAUGCGGCUUAGUCAUACUGGCCACAUGACCUGGAAAAACUGUCUGUGGACAAACGUCGGCUCCCUCGGCCAGUAAAGCAAGAUGAGCGCCACAACCCUAGAGUUGUUCAUGACUGGACUUAACUGUCAGGGGUCCUUUACCUUUUUACAACAUAUUUCCAGUCUCGGCAAUACAGUAUUGGUGAGUGGGCAGGGGGUCACCCAAUGAAAUUGAUGGCAGUAGAUUCAGGACUGAAAGUAAUGUAUUAAAGGCUGCAUUUUUAACAUGUAAUCUACUAACGCUUCACAUUCAUAUGUUCUAACAAGAACAUGAAAAAAUUGAAAAUCUUACUAAAAUCAGCAGUAGAAGUGAGUUCCUUUACCCUGGGAUACCACAGCUGGAGUUGAAGGUAUUGGACAAUAAGUCCCAGCUCUGUUGACAAUGAUACUAGCUGCUAGCUCCUACUAUUGCUAUGUGAGACAAACGUGAGUGAAUUGACAGUUUCUAAUUAUAAGGUCACCUACCCUUGAAGUCUGUGUAUGUAUUCAAAUCAAGUGUUUUGAAAUCACAUCCUUAAUUAAUAACACUAGGUGCCCUUAGACAAGUGUGGGCCGCCACCAAUGCUUUAUCCUUCACCACCACCCAUCUACAAUGUAGGAAUAAUACUGAUCUAUCUUAUUGGGUGUUUGCAAGGAUUGCAACACUGUAAUAUAUGUGAAAUGCUUUGAAUGCUUGGAAGCUCUACAUAAACGUUUCAAGUUUCAUCAGCCAUAGCUGCAGGGGCUGAUUUGGGAGGUUUACUGCAUACUUUCUGAGAGCCUAGCUUUCACUUCACAUUAUUUUGUCAAGUGGGAGAGGGAACGCAUAUGGGAAGAGAGGAAAUAAGUCUACUUUGAAAAUGUUUCUAUCAUAUUUUCUGAGAAUUUUCUUUCUAACUGACGGAAUGCAUAUUUGUUUUUUCACCUGCUGCUUUCAGGUAGGUGGUGCUAGAACAUUUGCUGUAUGGAAUCUUGCUCUGUAAUAUGGGGGAAGAGGAAGGACUGCAUCAGACACAAUUAUUGGACACAAUGUUUGUACGUGGACUGAAGAGGAAAUGUAUUGAUGGAGAGGACGAUAUUGAAGGAACGUUAGCUGGUUUUAAAGCCAUUCCUUCAUAUAACCUGCAGCGCCAGUCACUACUAGACAUGUCUUUGGUUAAACUUCAGCUCUGCCACAUGCUUGUUGAACCUAAUCUGUAUCGUUCAGUACUAAUAGCCAAUACAGUACGGCAGAUUCAAGAGGAAAUGACCCAAGACGGAACUUGGCAGAUGAUAAAUGCACAGAGUACAGGACCAACCUCUCUUGAUCGGCUGGUUUCAACAGAUAUCCUCUGUCGGUCUUCGAAGGAGCAAGCUGAAGAAAAGCUUGUUCAAGGUUAUAGUGGCUUCUCAAAAGACUUUGAAGACGCACAGUCAGAAGAGAGUUCAGAAAUCUUAAGACCUGCUCCACUACAAGCUCCCAGAAACCUGCAGAGUAAUGUGUGGGACAUGGAGAGCCCUCCAGAAAAUAGAGGAAACUUCCACAAGUCAUUGGAUCAAAUAUUUGAAACCUUAGAAACAAAAACUCCUGACUCGGUUGAAGAUCUAUUUUCAGAAGUUGACAGUUCCUAUUACAAUCUAGACACAGUAUUAACGGGAAUGAUGGGCAGUACAAAAAUGGGACACUGUGAUGUACUUGAAACUUUUCCUCAAGCAGCCACAAAUUCUAACUCUAACUGUAAAUCUGACCUUAAUGAGCUUGAUCAUUUUGUGGAGAUUCUUGUUGAAUCUUGAAACAAAGAGUGAAGGAGAUAUCCUUUAAAGAAGCCAGAUCCCGAGUAGUGAAACUUCCAAAUAGUUUGUCUUCUCAAAGCUGCACAUGAUCUUCCAAGAAAAAAGAAAAA